AACGAGGCGUGUAUUUGAAGACUGCUGCCGUGAGGCACUCUGAAAUCGAAAUUAUACGCUUAGUUUUUGGAUAUCAAACAACAGCUCUCGGGUGAAUGAUGGAUCCCUUUCACAAGGUACAGUUUUGGUUUCGAAAAAACCCAUUUUUCGACAUAUUUUAGUUCUGUUCUGAUCUGCCCAGUCUGUAAAACACCAUAAAUUAGUAAUAAAGAGAGAUGAGCAAUGAAAGUGAGCUAGAGGAACGAAAGUCGUUCAAUUCAUUCCGUACCUAGUUGAAACCUUCGUUAUAAACGCAACCCUUAAGGGCUGUCAAAUGACCAAUUUCGCUGGAUUGUUGUUGCCCUUCUGUACGUAGUUUCUACGAGCGAUACUUACCAUUAACAACUGACCGUGCACACGGAAACAACAAAUAUGGAUUUCUAAACAACCAAAAGAGUUCUUUACACAUAGUUUGGUUGAAGUGAAGCACACUGAACAGCGACUGUUGAAUAUACAAGGUGUAGCCAUGGAUGCUGCAAGCGAAGAUGAUAGAGGACACAUCAUAUCGGCGUACGAAUGUGGGUUUAAACCAUCAGUAAUAAGCCGUAUGUUGAACAUAAAGACAGCUACCAUCUAUAAAAUCAUAAGAAGACAUAAGACAGCUUUGCAAAUCGAAGCAAAAAAGCGUUCAUUAAGAGAAUCACAAAGAGAGCCUAAAUCAGUGCAAGAAAUGUGGCAAAUAUGUCAUUUUUGUUUGAACCAAGACGAAGAGACGCUCAACCCCAUAACAGACAUAUUGGAUUCUAAUUUAACCAUCGAAAAUUUAGAAAGAUUUACGGGUGUUACUAUACAAACGAAUGACCAUGUUGUAUACGCUGUAUGCCCGGAUUGUACAAACAUAUUGCAAAAUUCAGUCGUGUUCCGUUUUUCUUGUAUAAGGAAUGACGCUUAUUUGCGUGAACAAUUACUGCUGGACGAAACUUCACCAGCCUCAGGCAAUGUAAAUGCAUGUGAGGAUCAAGAUCCAUUGGAAACGGACAAUGAUUAUACGGUGUUCGAAAUCUAUGAACCACUAGCUACAGCUAUAGCUCCAGACUCUGAUAGUCAAACCGCGUUGAAUACAACGAACACGCCAAAGUUGGUGGAUAUAAAGCAAGAGUUUAACACCAUCGAUUGCAUAAAGACGGAAUCAAUACAAAACUCCGAUAGUCAACCAAGAUUAAAUGUAAAAAAUACACCUGAACUACUGGUAGUAAAGGAAGCUGAUUGCAUUGAACCAAGUACGAUACAUAACACCAGCAAUCAACCAAUAUUAAGCCCAAGAAAUACGUCCCAACAAGAGAAUGUAGAGGAAGAGUUUUACUCUGCUAAUUACAUCGAACCCUGUGAGUCGACCAGUUCCGACAGUGAAGAGUACGAAACUAAGCACGAUGAAACUAACAACGCAUCAUGCACCUCAAGUAUGGGAAUCGUUCCGAAUUCCAACAAAAAAAUUCACAUCUAUAAAAAUGGGGUUAGAUUGUUCAAUGUUUCGGUGCCUCAACCAAAAGCGCUUUGCAAUAUGUGUGGUAAAUUUGUGAGAAAACUCGAAAAACAUAUGGUUACUCACACGCAGGAAGCCAGAUAUACAUGUCCACAUUGUGCGAUAAAAAUGACGCAUGAAGCAAAUUUAGAUCGCCACAUUAAAGCCGUACACUUGAAGAUUGCAAUAAAAUCAUGCGAAUUAUGCGGAAAAGGAUUGACCAGCAAAAGCAGCUUCCUAUCACACAUGCGUUCUCAGCAUGGCAUUGGUAAAAUGUAUGAGUGCAAAAUUUGUCAAAAACAAUAUAAAUAUGCAAGCAGUGUGAGGCUCCAUUAUAAUACCACACAUAGUACGGUUUACCAUGUGUGUGCGACAUGUGGCAUUGGAUUUAAGACACGAAAAUCCCUCCGAACCCAUCAGGCAGUCCAUUCAUCGGAAAAGCCUUAUGCCUGCAGCGAGUGCCCAAAAAGGUUCAAAGGGCGCGAAGCGAGAAGAGCACAUCAAAUGACUCAUAGUGGAAUUCUUUUCAAAUGCACCAUCUGCACCAAAUCGUAUCGUUACAAAUCGCUUCUCAGCAUGCAUCUCAGAAAAGUGCACACAACUAACAAUGAUUGUGGAGAAUAAGGUUGUAAUGGGGUUAUCGACAAAUACAUUUAAAUUUCCUAAUAAAGGUGUUUUUUUUAAUGUGGAUGGAUUUAAA